CAUAGUUGAGUGGUGUUAUGUAACAGUACUCCAGUGGUUUACCGGGAGGUGUUAUUAGCCGUUGCUAUGGUAACCACUUGUUUUGCUUAACUCCUGCAAAAGGUAGAGGACAUUAAAACGGACUCUUCUGGUGGUUUUCUGCUGUACCAAAGAAGUGGAGAACGAUGUCGUUCCCGGACCACAGCUCCCAGCUGGGUGCGGGACCCGAUUUGAAAAACAUUGAAGUUAUGCUGAAUCACUCUGAGCUCUUCAGGGCAGAGUGCAAAGGGCUGAUCCUGGAGACUGACAAAGCAUGGCGGCGCAUGCAAAAUGAUGACAAAAAGCGACUCGAUCAGCGGGUCAGAGAUAUCCAGUUUCUGAUAAAGGAAUUGGAGCUAAAGCUGGAGGAGGUCAUUCUGGAGACUGAUGCUCUUAUAACUUUACAGAGCAGUGUUGUGAAGGCUCUGGAGGGCACCAAAGAGCCUCUGAGAGUCACUGUUCUCUGUCUGGAGGAGAGGAUGAAACGCGUCCCGGCUGAGAGGGUGGAGGAUGAAGUGGAAAGAGAGCUGCUGAAGGAGCAGGAGGUUCUCAAGGGAGUAGCUUCCCUCUUGGAGCGUACACUGGAGCAGAUGAGUGAACAGAUUAGACUGAACCGAUCUGCCAAGUACCAUUUGGGGAAGGAUCUGAAGGAGAAAUCUGAGGCCCAGCACAUUGACAACUCCUGUGUUGUAAUGACCACCCAUUCCAUCGGUAACCUGCAGCUCUCCACAACCAAGAGCACCGGUCUGCCUAGCUUGACAGUGACUCCAAAGCAGUGGGAGAACAUCUCAGAUAUCAACAUAGCUAAAGCAGAGCACCAGAAGACCAACUCUGAGUCCAUGAGGGCCCUGGUGCAGUCUGUCCUGGAGCAGACAGCUGCUGACAUGCAGAAGCAGUUUCAGGCUACAACAACUGCCUUCCAGACACAUAUCCAGGAAAUCAAGUCUGUCAAGAGCCAGAUGGAAGAGAAACUGCCCGAGAUUCUGUCUGAGAUAUCCAGCCAGGAGAGGCUCAGAGAGGAUCUUCAAGUGGCCAUCACAGAGAAUGAGCAUUCCCUGAAUCUGGCAAAGACCCGGCUGGCUAUGCGUCUCCAGAGGCCCAGCAAGGAGCAGUGCUACGAUCUAGCCCAGGCUCAGCUCCUCACUGAAAUCCAGCACCUCACCUCUCACAUCAAGAAACUGCGUGAGGAAACAGCUCAGUCACAGGAGCAGCAGAGGGCGCUAGUGCGCUGCAAGUUGAGGCUGGAGGAGGAUGUCAAUAUGAAGGCCAGCUCUCUCUACAUUAACGAAGUCAUCUGCACUCAGCUCAGGGAGCCUGUCAGGACACAUACAUUCUGACCAUUAUAUGCACUUGAGAUGUAUUUCAAAAUGCAGUCAUAUAACAUUUUCUUUACAAUAACUGUGAUCCUGUUUCUCUUUUAAGUAGUUGGUUGGCAUCAUUUUUCUUUUACAACUGUUUGAAUCUCUUUUUUCCCUAACUAAAAAAUUUAAAUUGACCUCA